AUGGCCCCAUCUGUGCAGGCUCUGGGCAGGCCCCGAUCUCUGGGUUCAGGGAUGGCAGGACAGGUGCGUUGCUGCUCGGUGGCAGCCCUGCAGAGAUGGCUGCCCAUCCUGUCCUGGCUCCCUGACUACUCUGGGGAGUGGCUGAAGAUGGAUUUCAUCGCGGGGCUCUCCGUGGGACUCACAGUUAUCCCCCAGGCGCUGGCUUACGCUGAGGUGGCUGGACUACCUCCCCAGUAUGGCCUCUACUCUGCCUUCAUGGGGUGCUUCGUGUAUUUCUUCCUGGGCACCUCCCGCGAUGUGACUCUGGGCCCCACGGCCAUCAUGUCCCUCCUGGUCUCCUUCUACACUUUCCACGAGCCUGCUUACGCUGUGCUGCUGGCCUUCCUCUCGGGCUGCAUCCAGCUGGCCUUGGGGUUUCUGCGUCUGGGAUUCCUGCUGGAUUUCAUUUCCUGCCCGGUCAUCAAAGGUUUCACCUCUGCUGCCACAGUUACCAUCGGCUUUGGACAGAUCAAGAACCUCCUGGGACUUCAGGACAUCCCCAGACAGUUCUUCCUGCAGGUGUAUCACACCUUCCUCAACAUCGGAGAGACCAGGGUUGGGGAUGCCGUGCUGGGGCUGGUCUGCAUGAUGCUGCUCCUGGUACUAAAGCUGAUGAGGGACCACGUGCCCCCUGUCCACCCCGAGAUGCCCCCCGGUGUGCGGCUCAGCCAUGGGCUUGUCUGGACAGCCACAACAGCGCGAAAUGCCCUGGUGGUCUCCUUUGCGGCCCUGGUUGCAUACUCUUUUGAAGUGACCGGUUACCAGCCCUUUGUUCUGACUGGGGAGACAGCUGAGGGGCUCCCUCCCGUCCGGACCCCUCCUUUCUCAGUGACCACUGCCAAUGGGACGAUUUCAUUCACUGAGAUGGUCCAGGACAUGGGGGCCGGCCUGGCCGUGGUGCCCCUGAUGGGACUGUUGGAGAGCAUUGCGGUGGCCAAAGCCUUUGCUUCUCAAAAUAACUACCGCAUCGACGCCAACCAGGAGCUGGUGGCCAUUGGCCUCACCAACGUGCUGGGCUCCCUCGUCUCCUCCUACCCAGUCACCGGCAGCUUUGGACGGACCGCUGUGAAUGCCCAGUCAGGUGUGUGCACCCCCGCAGGGGGGCUGGUGACAGGUGUGCUGGUGCUCUUGUCUCUGGACUACCUGACUUCGCUCUUCUACUACAUCCCCAAGUCUGCCCUGGCUGCUGUCAUCAUCAUGGCUGUGACCCCCCUGUUUGACACCAAGAUCUUCACAACACUCUGGCGGGUCAAGAGGCUGGACCUGUUGCCCCUCUGUGUGACUUUCCUGCUCUGUUUCUGGGAGGUGCAGUAUGGCAUCUUGGCCGGGACCCUGGUAUCCCUGCUCAUCCUCUUGCAUUCUGUGGCCAGACCCAGGACCCAGGUGUCCGAGGGGCUGGUCCUCAUCAUACAGCCAGCCAGCGGCCUACACUUCCCUGCAAUUGAGGCCCUUCGGGAGGACCUGCUCAGCCGGGCUUUGGAAGUGUCUCCCCCAAGGAGCGUGGUCCUGGACUGCACCCACAUCUGCAGCGUCGACUACACUGUGGUCCUGGGGCUGGGUGAGCUGAUGGAGGACUUCCGGCGUCGGGGCGUGGCCCUGGCCUUCGUUGGCCUGCAGGUCCCUGUGCUGCGUGUCCUGCUGGCUGCCGACCUGAAGGGCUUCCAGUAUUUCCCCACUAUUGAGGAAGCAGAGCAGUCCCUGAGGCAGGAACCCGGGACCCAGCCCUACAACAUCAGUGAAGACUCGGUGCCAGAGCACAAGGUGGCGCUGUUGAAACCUUAG